GCAGGUAAUUUCCCUUAAAGCCCAUGGAAGGAGCAGAGAAAACAAAGACGACUUUGUAAUUUUCCCGCCCAGCCACAGAAGCCAUGGAAAUCGAUGGAGAUGAAGCUCUUCUACAGAGAAAACAAUCCGCUUAUCUUUCUUUGGAUGAGAAGUUUGAAAUACGAAACGAGACGUAUAGAGGCCAGCAAUACAGUCAAAUUUACUUUGCUCGUUUACACUUGAUGAGAACUCUACUUUACUCACUUGUUCCCAAUUGGAAACCCAGUAUGCCUGUUUGUACAGUAUUAGGACUGGAAGAAGGCAAGGAAUGCAUCAUUGUUGGAACCCUCUACAAGCACAUGAAACUCAAACCUUCGAUCCUUGAUGAGUACUCGAAGGAGAGAUCUGCGACUCCACUUGUUAAACCUCAUAAUUUUUUGCAUCCCAAUGAUCAUCUGGUUUUGGAAGAUGAGAGUGGAAGGGUUAAACUCAGUGGGAGUAUGCUUUUGCCUUCAGCAUAUGUAACAGGCCUUGUUGUUGCUUUACACGGGAAGGAAACUGUUGCUGGGGAUUUCUUGGUCUUAGAUAUCUUAGAAGCUGGCCUAGCACCCCAGACAGAGUUACCAUUUGAAUCAAGAGAAGACAAGUAUGUUGUUCUUGUGUCAGGGUUGAGUAUUGGCAGCAGCACAUCUAAUCCCCUUCAGUUUCAGCUUCUUGUUGAUCAUAUAACUGGACAUCUGGGAGAUGAAAAGGAACAGGACAUUGCAUCACAGAUGGUUCAUGUCAUUAUUGCUGGAAACUCAGUUGAAAUACCUCAUGGACUUCUUAACGGACAGAAUUCGGCUUCAAAAGAUCAUUCAAUCCACUCUGAUCCAAUCCAAGAGCUAGAUAUCCUUUUAACUCAGAUUGCUGCAGGUGUCCCUGUGGAUAUCAUGCCUGGAGCUAAUGAUCCAGCAAACUUUUCUUUACCUCAGCAGGCUUUGAACAGAUGCCUUUUCCCUGGGUCUGCAGCAUAUAACACGUUUAGGUCUUGUACCAAUCCUCAUUGCUUUGAGCUUGACAAUAUCAGAUUUCUGGGAACAUCAGGUCAGAAUAUAGAUGAUCUUCAGAAAUACUCAGAUGCAAAGGAUCAGCUUGAAUUUAUGGAAAGGACACUGAGGUGGAGACAUCUGGCACCAACAGCACCAAAUACUCUCGGAUGUUACCCUUUCACUGAUAGGGAUCCUUUCCUAAUUGAGAGCUGUCCUCAUGUUUACUUUGUUGGUAAUCUGGAUAAAUAUGAUACUUGCUUGCUCAAGGGAUCAGAAGGGCAAUUGGUAAGACUUAUUUCCGUACCUAAAUUCAGCGAAACUGGAAUAGCCGUGGUGGUUAAUUUGAGAAAUCUUGAAUGUCACGCUCUGAGUUUUGGGACUCAAUUCAGCCCAUAAUGGUCCUGAUUCGUAGCCGUCUAAAUGAUCCCGUCUCUUGAAAUCACUCAAAUUCCGAUAUGCCUUGAAGUUGAGUCAGGAGUUUUAUGGAAUCAGCGGACCAUACAUAGGAGGAGAUUUUUCUAUAACAAGAAGGCAAAAGAACUCAAUUCAGAGGUGUAAUGUGUUGUUUGCUUGUAGAUUUGUUAUCAAUUAGGAGGUGCAUUGGUGUAUCCCUCUAUAACAGGAGUGCAUCCUAAGUUAAGGUUGAGAUUAUUGAAUUGAUGGUAAAA